UCAUUUUCCGAAAGACAGUCUGAAACUGUACCCUAUACACUACGCAGUCGUCUUCACGCAAAUAAGCUUUAGUGUCUGGAAUCGACUCCAAAGCUUUUGAAUCGAUUCACAAUCCCCAAGCAGUGCGACCGAAGAGUCGAAUCUCUUUGGUAUCGACUCUCAGCUCUAGUCUCGCUUUCUUGACAAUACCUUGCAGCAGGCAGCACCACGGCCCCGGAGGGAGCUUUAGCAUCACGCACGAUGGAGGCAGCUAUCAGCCCGAAACCUUGGAGGAACCUCUGGAGGAGCAGCUCAGGGCUUGUGGCUGUAAUAUUGUUCUUAAGCCGUGCGGCUUGGGUAAGAGCGGAGGACGGAGCGAUGGAGGAGCUGGCCACGGAGAAGGAGGCAGAGGAAAGUCACCGCCAGGACAGCGUCAAUUUACUCACAUUUAUUUUGCUGCUGACGCUGACCAUUUUGACAAUAUGGCUCUUCAAACACAGGCGAGUGCGUUUCCUGCACGAAACCGGCCUGGCUAUGAUUUACGGUCUGCUGGUGGGCGUAAUCCUGCGCUACGGGAUCCCUUCGACCAGUUACCACCAUCAGACUCCGCCCAGCUGCGCGCUGAAGGAGGGGCCAGUCAGCACGCUGCUGCUCAACAUCAGCGGCAAGUUCUUCGAGUACACGCUGAAGGGGGAGAUCAACUCCCGAGAGAUCCACAACGUAGAGCAGAACGACAUGCUCCGCAAGGUGACCUUUGACCCUGAGGUGUUCUUCAACAUCCUGCUGCCUCCGAUCAUAUUCCACGCCGGAUACAGCCUGAAGAAGAGACACUUCUUCAGAAACCUGGGCUCCAUCAUCACGUACGCGUUCCUGGGAACCGCCAUCUCCUGCUUUGUGAUUGGGAAUCUGAUGUACGGAGUGGUGAAGCUGAUGCAGGUUGUAGGACAGCUCACUGAUAAGUUCUACUACACUGACUGCCUCUUCUUCGGAGCAAUCAUUUCAGCUACAGACCCCGUCACUGUGCUGGCUAUCUUCAAUGAGCUCCAUGCUGAUGUGGAUCUUUACGCCCUGCUGUUCGGCGAGAGCGUUAUGAACGAUGCUGUGGCCAUCGUCCUCUCAUCAUCCAUCAUGGCCUAUCAGCCCAGCGGCACGAACACGCACACGUUCGACGCCUCGGCCUUUUUUAAAUCCGUCGGCAUUUUCCUCGGGAUCUUCAGCGGAUCUUUCGCCAUGGGCGCGGUCACCGGAGUCGUCACCGCCCUCGUGACGAAGUUCACCAAGCUGCACUGUUUCCCUCUGCUGGAGACCGCGCUCUUCUUCCUCAUGUCCUGGAGCACUUUCCUGUUGGCCGAGGCAUGUGGCUUCACAGGUGUCGUAGCGGUGUUAUUCUGUGGGAUCACGCAGGCUCACUACACCUACAACAAUCUGUCCGAGGAGUCGACCAAACGCACCAAACAGCUGUUCGAGGUGCUGCACUUCCUGGCGGAGAACUUCAUCUUCUCCUACAUGGGUCUGGCGCUGUUCACCUUCCAGAACCACGUCUUCAGCCCCAUCUUCAUCGUGGGAGCAUUCAUCGCCAUUUUUAUCGGCCGAGCCUCGAACAUCUACCCCCUGUCCUUCCUGCUGAACCUGGGACGCAGACAGAAAAUUGGCGCCAACUUCCAGCACAUGAUGAUGUUCGCAGGUCUUCGUGGAGCGAUGGCGUUUGCUCUGGCGAUCCGCGACACAGCAACGUACGCGAGGCAGACGAUGUUCACCACCACGCUGCUCAUCGUCUUCUUCACCGUCUGGGUGUUCGGUGGAGGAACGACGCCCAUGCUGUCCUGGCUGCAUAUCAGGGUUGGCCGGGCUUCAGUCACGGAGAAGGAGAGACUGCUGAAGCUGUGGGACUACCUCAGAGUUGGCGUGGACCCUGAUCAAGAUCCUCAGCCGUGUGGAGACAGCUUCCAGGUCCUUCAAGGGGAUGGAAGUCAGCAGGAAGGCCAGAGCAAGACGAAGCAGGAGAGCGCCUGGCUCUUCAGACUGUGGUACACUUUUGACCACAACUACCUGAAACCCAUCCUGACCCACAGCGGGCCUCCACUCACCACCACCUUACCGGCCUGCUGUGGACCGCUGGCACGCUGCCUCACCAGCCCCCAGGCCUAUGAGAACAGCGAGCAGCUUCAGGACACCGACUCGGACCUCAUCCUGACGGACGGCGACCUGACGCUGACGUACGGCGACUCGGCCAUCACGGUUAACGGCGCCUCGUCGGCGGCGGCGUCGGGAACGAAGAGGGGUAAGCGCAACGGCAGCACGUCCGAGGAAGCUCUGGAGAGAGAGCUGGACUCGCGCGAGCAGGAGCUCCUGAGCCGGGGAACACGGCUGGUUUUCCCCAUGGAAGAUCACGCCUGAGAGACCACCCCACACCACCGCCUGACUCCUCCCCCUGCACAUUCCCGCACAUCUCUCUCUAUCUCUCUCUCUCUCUAUCUUCAUGCCUAGGACACCUCAAUCCAUCUGAUCCUCCCGCGCUGCUCUACACACCUCAGGCAGGAGAGAGAGGACGAGUCCGAGCGAGAUCUCACCUGUUUACCGAACUGCGGAAGAUGUAGAACAUUUUGACGAUACUGUGAUUCGAGGAAAUAGACCGUAGGAAAGCCGCUUUUCGAAGCGUGGCGAGGAACUUUGAGGAAUUUUGGCCGUUCUGGAGGAUCCGUGGGUUAUGAUUUGCCGUAGAUGUUGAUCUAUUUAUUUCUUUCUUUUUUUUCUCGUCAGCCAUCGCCCACGCAGGACGGCUAAAAAUGUGAAAGCUGAGUAUAGACGUGAAGUCUGUCUGCCUCACAAGCCAAGUGUAGCUCUUUGUAUUACUCACACACACACACACACACACACACACACACACACACACACACACACACACACACGUUUUCUUUGUCAGAUGAAUUACAGCCAGUCCUACUGUGCGAUUCAUUCAGCAUGUAACCCCAGCAUUCAUCACAUACCUCAUUAUUCAAAUGUUCUUUACGGUGUUCGUGUGUAAACGCGAAUGCGAAGCUCACGCCGAAGAAUUCGCGAGCCGCACACGGACGCGUACAAAUCCCGAGAUACGAUCUGCCGUGUCGGAAAGACUUUCACCCCGGCGUACCGUCCGAUCUCCCGAAGCGUUCCGGCCCGAGAUCGGGGGUGGGGAAAGUUCCGAGCGACAGUCGAAAAGUACCGGCGUUUCAACGCGCUCGGGAGUAUUCACCGGUGAAAAGUCCGUCGUUUAACUCCGUCGCGUCCUCAUCGUGCCCGACUCCGCGCGGCUGGCGAGUUCGCUAAGCAGCCCGUGAUGAACUAUUUUUAGAAACGAAUGCGCUGGUCAACACAAACAAAACGUAGCUGGCCUGCUGACGUAACUCGUUAAGUCGUGAGGGGGAAUUCUGCGAGCUAAUUUACAAAACCAAGCUAGCUCGCUAAUUUAAUUUACUGAUCCAAUUUACAAAACUGAGACGUCGCAUCCUGGAAUCAGUGACGUAGUAAGAGGAAGAAAAAUUAUGAGGAUGUAAGGAGUAAAAAGUGUUUGUUUGUUUGUUUGUUUGUUUUUCCUUGUAAUCGUACGUACAAGUAUUAAAUGUUAAUAAUAAUUAAGUGAAGAACAAGUUUAGUAAAGUACAAGGAAUCAGUAUUUUCCGCCUCUGGAUCCCGGGUAACAUCCUGUUUAUGAUCGUUCAGGAAAAACCUUAAAGAAAUAAAGAAAUAAAUAUUCAGCGUUUUUGUGAGGAACAAUUUCACGAGGUUAUAUAAGUUUAUCCCCCCCAAUCCGGCACACCUGCUUCAGUGUGUACUAAUCUCCAGCUCCGCCCCUAAAUCGCUGUGGCUCCAGCAUCAUGAUUACCACGAACACGCUGCAUUUCCAGGCCGUGCUCCCACUUAUCUGUUUCACGCAGACGUGAGCGACGUGCACAGCUGUGACUCCGCCCCUCGACCCCUCCCCCUCCUUUGCGACCACGACUCGCGCUUUUACAGCACACUGCUGUGUGUCUCCCGAGUGCUCGUGUUUAUGCGGCCUGACUGGAGAACAACCGUGAGCGCCGCGUGAUCCGGGAGGACGCGCGUCAUCGCGGCUAAAACAUCUGCAUCGGAAAUCCGAGCCGUAAUCUGAAUACCCGCGUCUCCGAAUGCAGUCGUUUAUAUCCAGAUUCCCGGACCGCGGGGCGGGUCGUACGAGAGACUCCUGUCCGAAUCCUCGUCGUUAAUUCCUGAUAAAAACAUUUCAGCUGAAAACGUCAACAGAAGCGUAAUCGUCACACGUUCAGCUUUCUUUUUGCCCUUUUAUACGGAUAAAAUCUCGCAAAAGUACGAUCGGGACCAAAUAAUAAAUAUAUUUCAACAAUUAUAUAAAAAUGAUGAUCAAAUAAACUUCAAAGGUGAUGUGUAGUUUAAAAAAUCUGUAUACAUUAUAUAGCGCAUUUAAUUUAUAUAUAUAUAUUAUUAUUAUUAUUAUUAUUAUUAUUAUUAUUAUAAUCAUCUUUAUGGUGCACUUUAUUUUGACGCAAAAUCUCGAGGGGCUUUACAUAAAAGCCUGAAGUGAAGGUUAAGAAUAAAUCAGUGAGCGAUAUGUAGAAGCAGAACUCCAAAUUAUAAAUAGAUCUUAGAAAAUUAACUCAUUUACGGGGAAAACAAAAACAAAAAAACGUACCUAGCUAGCUAAUCUACAAAACGUGAACUAGAUCGUUCAUUCAGCAAACCCCAAACUACAGCGCGUACGUCGCUAGCCGAGAUAAUGAGCUCGUUUACAAACGCGUGACGAGCUAGCUAAUUAAAAACAAACCCUAAAUGACACGACUGACUCGCCGGCUCAUUUAACGAACUCAUCUACAGACCGUAAUUAGAUCCGUUUAACAAAUCUGAACUACGGCGCUCGGAUAGCCGGCCGGCUAAUGUAACGAGCUAAUUUACAGCAGCGACAAAACAAAACAAAAAAAACAAAAAACGACGCAGCUGGCUGGCUAAUUCAUCCAGCGACGUUACAACUUCUUUCGCUUUGUUGGGGAAUUCUAGAGAGUUCAUUUUUGCUUUGGUUUGUGAUGAAUAAAAACCAUUUUGGAUGGAAUGCUCAGUCAGUCAGCGAGCCGGUUUGACGAGCUGAUGGACAGAACGGUUUGAAAUGGAAGGAGGAAUGACGGGUGACGGGAUGAGUGAAC